AUGCCGCCAGCCAAAGCCCGAGACGAGUCGCGUUCAGAGGCUUCGACAGCGCGGGACAGACAGGUCGCAGCAGCGGCGCACGCGAGGAAGAGCAAGAAUGGCACGUCGGCACCACAGAAUGGGAGCUCGUUGAAGGAGCUGGCGCUCGUGAGCACCGAGUCGGGAAACGUGGUUGCGCCUGGCCAAGGCACGGGAAUGGCUUGGAACGACGCCCCUUUACAAUUACUGAACACAUAUCGGGUUGCACACAACCUGCCAUCGCCCGCCGCAUUCACUUCGCCUCUUAGCCAAGCGUUACUGACGAACCCCGGGAUUGGACGACAGAGUCCAAGUAUGGCGCGGAAGAAGGAGAAGCGGCGGGUGUCGAAAGAUCAGCUCGCACUGUCGGUGCGGAAGCAUUUCAACUCGGCUGCUGUGAACGAGAUAGAUGUGGCUGCUGGAUUGUUCUACAAGGUGCACAACAAGGAGAAGGCGUUUCGGAUGCGGUCAGCUCCUGGCGUGACGAAGAAACAAUGA